UCUCUGCUUCCUUUCGCAUUUUUUUAAUCCGCCGAAGCGCUCCCUUGUCCGUUUCCACAAAACGAAAUGCUCGUCCUUUUCAUUCUCCUGCGUCAGAGAAUUCAUGCCCAGAUUCCUUACCAGCCUCCUCAUCUACAGGCUAGUAAUUUUCUCUCCAUCGACAUUCCUUCUUUCUUUUUUCUCAGAAGCAGGGAUCCGUGGUGCUUUUCGUUCUUUUUCUCUGCAAGGAUUUGUUCGAUUGCUGUUUAGUUAUUGCAUGUCUGCGCGAAUCAAUAAAGCCAAGAAACGGUCGCAUUUUUUCAGAAUAUAGAUGUAAUCAUUGGCCUUUCCGGACAUGUGGAAGUUCAAGCCAUUUAGUCACAGAGAAUCCACCAGCUUAGAAGGUCGUUCAAUAGAUGUAGGGAAUUUGAAAGUCCAUGUUAGAAAUCCAAUAGCAGAAGGACGAUUUUCUUGUGUUUACAUAGCUCGCGAUGCUGUACAUUCAAGUAGGCAGUAUGCUCUAAAGCAUGUUAUCUGUAAUGAUGGAGAAUCGCUAGAACUUAUGAUGAAGGAAAUAUCAGUUAUGAAAUUGUUAAAGGGACAACCAAAUAUUACUAAACUUAUGUCCUACGCCAUAAUGGAUAUGGGCAGGACAAAGGAAGUGCUACUUGUAAUGGAGUUCUGUGAACAGUCUUUAGUUACUUUCCUUGAAAAUGGAGCCUAUUCUUUUGAAGAAAAACACAUCCUUUUGUGCUUUAGGGAUGUGUGCAAUGCAGUGUUUGCCAUGCACUGCCAACAUCCGCCCAUUGCUCAUAGAGACCUAAAGGCUGAAAAUGUGCUUUUAGGAUCUGAUGGAGCCUGGAAACUCUGUGACUUUGGCAGCACUUCUUGGAAUCAUAAAUGCUUCACAAGACCCGAAGAAAUGGGAAUUGAAGAGGACAAUAUCAGAAAGCACACCACUCCUUCUUAUAGAGCUCCGGAGAUGUGGGAUCUUUACAGAAAGGAUGUUAUCAGUGAGAAGGUAGACAUCUGGGCUCUAGGAUGCCUUCUGUACCGAAUCUGCUACCUAAAAUCAGCAUUUGAUGGUGACUCUAAGCUGCAGAUCAUAAAUGUGAACUACCACAUUCCAGAUUUGCCAAGAUAUAGUGCACCCUUGAUAGGGCUAAUCAAGGAUAUGAUUCAAGGUUCUCCAGAUGCCAGGCCAGACAUCACGCAGGUAUGGUUUCGUGUCAAUGAGCUUCUGCCUUUGGAGUUGCAAAAGCAUCUACCUGACAGCCCUUUAUCAGCAAUUGAUGCUCACCCGCCUACUGUAAAGCUACAUCAGGAAGGUGUUACUAAAAGGGUUAAUACUGUUUCUCAAGGGAGCCCUUUUCCCAUUGCAUCUAAAGAACAUGGUAAACGUACCUCAGUCCCAUCCAAUAAGGAAAUGCAGCAGCCCAAGCCUUCCCCGUCCACUGCAAAAGCUAGCGGGUCUGUGGCUCAGAUUGGUUCAUUUUGGUCCACUUGUCAUGCGCGAGAUUCUAACAGUUCUUUGGGCUUUCAAGUGAAAAAGGAUAAAGCCCUUCCAAAUGAUGAUGUCCAUGAAGUCAUAGAGAAGAAGCAUACUUCUGGAAGGAUUAACCCAUUGAAUACCGAGAUGCAAGCAACGUCAUGGAACAAUUCUCUUGAUGCGCCUGUAGUUAUUCUUGAUACCAGUCAGCAAUGUAAUGGGAACAGUGGUAAAGUAAUUGGUGAAAAUAAGUCAGCCAUUGAAAAGCAGAGUUCAGAAGUGAAAAAUUUGAAGGACCAACUCAUGCAAGCAAAGUUGGAGAAGGCUGAAAUUGCCUCAAAGUAUGAGAAAAUGAUAGCUAUUUGUCAAUCACAAAGAAAGGAAAUCCAGGAGCUGAAACGUUCCCUUUCUGCAGUUACCACAUCCCUUUCAAACAAAGACAACUCAAAGAGCCAGAUCUCUCCUGCUAGCUUUCAACCUACAACUUUGCAAAAGGAUAAGUUCGACCCUAAUCUCUUGGAACUCGAGAAAGCGAUCCUUGCAAGCACCACGGCAGUUGCAGCACUUCCAGCACCUUCGGCACCCAUUCAUGAGGCCAAGCCAUGGCAAGCCUUCGACGAUUAACCAAAGCCAAUGCCCUUGCCAAGCAACACCUUGGGCUUGUUUUGGCCAACCAAUGGGGGGAUUUCACCAGGGUGAUUAUGUUACUGCCCAUUUUAACUCAGAGGUUCCCAGUACUGAUGCUUCUUCUUUGGUCGGUUCUUCCCGGAGAUUUGUCAGUGGGUUGGAGAAGAAACUUGACCCAAACAAACCAAGCAACUGGACUGGUUUCUAGUAUGUACUUACAAUUUUUCACAAGGUUCUUCAUUCCGUAGAUUGGCUGUUACAAACGAUUACUUGUUUUAUUCCAGUAAAAUGGGAAUGACUUUAAUUCUUUAUUUGUUGGGUGGAUCAGUUGAAUAGUUUUCUCUUUUUUUUAAUUACAAGCACUUUUCUUAGAAAUUU